UAUUAUGGGUUUUAAAAGGCGACAUCAAUACCAGAUAAGCCAUGGCAGAAAAGUUUGAUUUGCAAAUAAAACGGGAACUCUUAGACUCGUCAUUUGACGGAUAUAAAUUGUCGUUAGACAGUCUGCCAACAUACAGCCUUCAACUUGGAACUGAUAUAGAGAAAGUUGACCUUACAGACGGUCAGUAUUCCUACCAUCAUGCUAAGAUCCUUGGACAGCACAACCAUUUAGCUUUAGAUCCUUGGAAUCAGCAGACGGUAUAUUAUAUAGAUCAGCUAUGGCGAAUCAACAAAACCUUCAUUGCAGACAUGCAAUUGAACCAGACUGAAUCCUUUCUUCAAAUCCCAGAUUCAACCAAUCAGAAACUAGUACCAGAAAGAGUCAAUCUUUGUUUACAGUUUGUUUCCAUGGAGAUGGCAGUUGUGACUGAUGGAGCUGGAAAGUUGCAUCUAAUAAAUACUGGAAACAGAGGAGAAAGUUCAACAAAAUGGACUAUUGUAUACUCACAUGAUGUCUUGGAUGACAGUAAGCCAUUCAGUCUGACCUAUACUGUUUACCACAGAGAGGGAGAAACCCACAGUGUAGAAUGCCUGUGUUCUUAUGUUGUAGAAACAAAUGAAGAGCAGAAAGAAAAAUACAAAACAUCAUUCAUAACUGUCUUAGAAUGGAUUUCUAUUUCUUCUGAAGAUAACAAGGCAUGGUCAUUAAAAAGACACAGAAGAUUGUAUGGCAGGAAGCCAUUUGAUUAUGCUGCUUUUGACCAAUCAGGGGACUGCCUUAUAGUUGCUGCUGAAUCUGAUGUUGAGUUUGUGUAUGACUCUGUUAAACCUGUGGUUGUUACUGAGAAUGUAAAUGUUAAUGCAAGCAAUACAGCAAAUGAAUCUUGUCCUGAAUACACGUGGAACCAGAAUGCUGAAGAUGUCAACAUUCAGUUUACUGUACCAGAGGGCACCAAAAAGUCUGACAUAUAUAUGACCUUGACCCAUAAUAAGGUUAACUUUGGUAUAAAGAAUGGCAAAGUGUUACUAGAAGGAAUGUUACAUGGUUUUGUAGAUGUUGAUGGUAGUACCUGGAUAAUGGAGAAGCAAAUGAUUGAGUUAACACUAAGUAAACAAAGUGGUGAAUCUUGGCAGGCUGUUGUCAUUGGUGAUAAUAGAGGGGAGAUGACUCUUGACCCUGCAGUUGUAGAAGAUAUACAUCAAAGAUUAGCUGGUCUUACUUCUUCUGAAAUGAAUCCAGAUCCAGAAAAGACAGAUAAUCAGCCAUUUAAUGCACAACAGUUAGAAGAAUGUGAUGCCUUUCCUGAUGAUGGCUUUGGUUUGUUAAGGAUUGAUGGCAAUUCCCAUAAAAUUACACACAAGACAAACCUUGGCAGCCAUCAGUGGUUAUUUCAAUCUAGACUGGAGAUUGACCAGCCACCAGCUUUGUGCUUGAGACAUGAUGUCGAUGGUUUAAUGAUUCAACCUCAAAACAAUGUGAAAGAAAGUGAAACACCUUGGCAUCAUUCAGCAACGUUUAAUGCAUUUGGAUAUGUGCAGGCUUCUAAACAACAAAGACGAUUUUCAGUCUGUGCACCAGAUUGUUCGUAUGCUGCCAUUUGUGACUGUGUUCGACACAUUUAUAUAUAUAGGCAGCCAACAGCAAUUCUUUCUCCAUUGAGAAACAGAAAAACAGGACAGGAAGUUGGUGCUGUUGCCAAGCAACAAUUGGUUUCAUUAGAUGCUGUUAACAAUAUUAUAGGGAUUCAAGUGACAAAUGAUUAUAUUUUUGUUACAACUUCAAAUAAACUGUAUUGUAUCACAGUGAAAUCAGCUAUAGUGUAAAUAA